AAAAUCUUUUGUAGAAUCGGAAAAGUGAACAAGCAAAAAUUUUAGAUCUUGAAGAGUAUGAAAUAAUUGAUAGAUAGAAAUAAUUUUUAGUGUUAUAAGGAAACAAUUGAUAAACAAAAUGAUAUAUGACUGUAUAAAGUGUUGACGUUUCGUUAAUAAUUAAAUAUAUGAAGUUAAAAAUUUGGUGAGGUUAUGUUGACAUAUGAUUCGAGAAUAUAUACACAGUAGCCUCACAGUUCUUACAGUAUGUUGAACGUGUACUUGGCGUGAGACACUACAGUGUCUCCGGAUUACAUUUUAGCAUCAGCAGCUGCAUUUAAAAAAGAGGUUGUAUUAGCUUCACUACCACCAGCAGACUCAUCGUUGCGCAAACACACAAAACGUGUAUAUUAUCAAAUUCAAAUAUGGUGGGGCAGUACUUUGAACCUUGAAGAAUAGGGAUUGAGAAAACCAUUAACUAUGAUGCUGCCUAUGAUAUCAACUUCAGAUUCAGCACCACAGGAACUUAUUGAAGAAGUACACUGAGUAACAUGUGUGAUAUGAUUACAUGUGUGCGAUUGUGAGGAGAGUGUGUACCUUGCUGGUCGUAACGGACAGCCAGGUCCAGCUGUAGCACAGCCUGGUUUCGGCAGAGGCGUAUGCGCGCAUACCCAGACGUCAUCCCGGAGCGCGCAUAUGUUGUACAUGGCGUAGGCUCUGAAGUCUUACACUAUGUUUGCGCAGAAGUGUUAUACUCUGUAUGCUCGGAAGUCGUGUUCGCUGGACAUGGAUCAGGCUCUGUCAUGGCAGGCGUUGUCCUGGUUCACGUGGUUAACGUGGGAUCUCGCAAGUCCAAGUAAGAGUAUGUGGGAGAUACUUCGUAUGGAGAUGUAUGCUUACUUGUGAAAGCGAAGUGCUUUAUUAUAGUCCACGGUAUGAGAGCGUAUUUCUGUUUGAGGACCUCGUAUGCGUGAUGGAUGAGAGGAUAGGCAACUGUGUGUGUUAUUCUGAUAAUUAACAACUUGUUUUUCACGCAGAUCACGAUGACUGCAACCCCGACGAUGCCUGUGAACCCUCAGGUGCUCCUACUGAUCCCGUUGAGGCUUCGAGUGCGUGGUGCGGCGCGACAACUCGCUGGUGCGAGUGCAGCAUGCUCUGUGCUGCGUUCUUUUAGCCACGCGCGUUUGCCACACGGUAGCUAAGUAUGGCAUGUGCUGGUUUGUUUUAAUAGCCACAUGCGCUUAGCCUUAUGCCUACCGCAAUGGCGAGCAGUGAGCGUCGUGUUGACGUUUGAUAUGUGUGUCGGCGCCGUUACGACAGCACCAACGGUGUUUGCGGGGAGUAUGUGAAGUGCGGGGGGUUUCUCACCACCGCGCCUAAGACCGGCACUUGCCGAUAGCUCACGACCCGAUCGCCACCAAAUAUUUUGUAUUUUUCAUUCCUUUUAAAUAUACAAUUUGCCUAUCGUGUGAGUCGCCUAUUUUAUUCAUGUUCCCUAAUUGAGAAUAGUGGCGACCGUGAUAAAUUAAAAUAUCGAACUCCGAUUUCGCCGCGUAAUACGGUCCAAAGAUCGUAGCACUUACCCCGCGUUUACAACGUCGCGAACGCAAGUACUACGAGCUACGAGAACAAAGGAAGCCACGCCGAUCUACUACAUCAGCUAAGAAGAUUAUUAAAUUGGCGUACCAUCCCGAGUCCUAAGAACAACAAAGCGGUCAAGAAGAAUUCAUCUGGAGCGGAGAAAAGACAAGAGGACAGCUAUUGAGAACCGGCCAAGCUGAGGUCCAGCGGAGUCUACGCGCCACAUCAGCGGUUUUUGCCAACUAAAAGUGAGCCCGUUCCUAUUAUUUUACCUCUUCGUGUCCCACUAUUCCUAAAAAUUCUAUUUGUGUGAACAGGGAAACAAGGAAUCUAGUCCUAUUUUUGUUGCCUUACCCUACCUACCUAUUCUUAAGCAACAUCCUUUAUAUUCCUUGUCUAUCUUAUACCCUUUCGUAUAUAAAACUGCUAAUCUAAAUAAACUAUUCCUACUCAAUAAUCCUACCAAAUAAAAUACCUAUUAAAACAAUCCUAAAAGAAUUACCUAGUUAAACCUACCUACAAUCUACAUACCUAAGGAGUUAAAAUCACCUAUUUACACCUAUUUGCUUGCCUAUCAGCUAAUUUUCUAUUAUUUCUUACUAUUAUUUCGCCGCAUCAUUUGCUAAGUAAUCAGUGCUAUUUUUCAAGCCGCCUAUAAUUUGCAUUCAUUGCGCCUAUUUUACGACUUGAAAGUCUUCACUAGCAUUUAAUUAGUUAGUAGCCACUGUUAAAUAGUUAGAAUUUAAAUAUCUGAACCUAUUUCUUUAAACGUAAGCAUACACAUACUAUGUACAUAGCUACGCAAAAAUUUGAGCUUAACUCCUCGAUGCAAGUAAAUUCACUUCUCGCUAUUCACUGUUAGCUGUUUAUGCACGCAAAUAAAUUAGUCAUCACUAUAGCAUAAUCAUUCGCUAAGCCCUAUAUUACGCUAAUUAAGCCAUUAUUUGCACAAAUCAAUUAAAUUUACGAUCAACCUUGCUUCCCGUUAUUAUUUUAUGUACGGAGAUAUCUGCAAAGCAUUCCAACAAUCAAUUUCAGCUACGGUGCAGCGGUCGCUCGAGACUUUCAUCGCAUCCCGUGUCACUGCCAGCACUGCGGGCUCACGUCGUGGUACUGGACCGCGGGCGUCGCGCGUCAUCAAUCCCACCUUUCACCGCGCUUCUGCUGAUUUUGAACCGGUUUCCGUCACAGCGGCCACGAAGCGAGGAACGUAUUGUAUGCAAUUCUUAUUUAUUUGAUUAGUACAGCGCAUAACUAGUUGUUUUGAUUGUCUGCGCGUUAACUUUGCUAGUAUGGAGGCAAAGUACAAAACUCUUAAUUUAAAACGCGCUUCAAUUAGAGGCCGUGUUACGAAAUUUAAUAACCACUUAGAAGAAUUAAAAGGUAAAAAGCUUACUCCUACGGAAGUUAGCGUGCUAUCGCAGCGAUUAGUUAAACUUGAGACUUUAUUUGGCGAAUUCGAUAGCGUGCAAAAUCAGAUUGAAGCAUUGGAGGAAAAUAAUUUAAGCUUAGAAUUGGAUACCAGAGAAGUUAUCGAACAAGCUUUCCACAAUUCGAUCGCAUUGGCUCAGGAAAUUAUUUCCGUAAGCAGUACGACAAAAAAGUCGUCGCUUCAGCAUAGCAGUAUUUACACAGCUGAUGAAGAUGAUCACGAAGUUAUCGGCUUUCGUUUACCAGUCAUUAAAAUUAAUAAGUUUGAUGGUACGUUCAACAAAUGGUUGGAAUUUCGUGAUACGUUCAGUUCGCUGAUACAUAAUAAUAC